CGAGCGGAGUCGCACAAUGGCAUCGGCUUAGCAGGCCGAAGUCAUCACCUCACUUGCGCCGUCACAGGCAAUGGCGAAGAAGAGGAAGACUUCUCAAGUGGAGCCGUCUGUUGCGGCCUCUGAGCGAAUGCCUGAUCGAGCCGCAGAAAUUCGGCAGCGAUUUAGCGAAUUAUGCCGACAAGCUGGCCUACACAUCGCCAUUGACGGCGUGCCAACCCCGAAUCAACUACAGCAUGGAAAAGGCGAAAAGCUAUGGCACUUGUACAAGUUUCUCUCUUGGAAAAACGACGACUACCUGCGAAGCGAGCUCGACACGUUCCUCAAAAAUCUAAGGGACGAUCCUCAGAGUCAUUCAGAAGAUAACAGGGCGAAUCGACUGCUCGAUUGCUUGGAAGGAUGCAGGGCAGUAACGCCCAAGUCCGAGCGCUUCGUGAAGUUCCCUCGCAGAGAGCUGGAGCUACCUGCCAUACCGGAGCCUACGCAACCGUGUUCUACUCAAGAAGUUUUCCAAGCGCCAUCCUCCCCUACACCAGCUCCGGUAAAGCUUGCAGGCCAACAGAAUCUUGCCGCCAAGUUCAAGGUAACAAAGGCCGGCGCGGGCAUAUCGCCCACGUCACACAAACCGACAGCACACACUCCAGUUUCUGCCAAGCGCGAGCCUACAUCUUUCUCUGCUCAGAAGGUACAGAGCAAGCUUUCGUUCGAUAGGCUUGGGAAGAAUCCUCUACAGUACGGACCCGCCAGCAAGCCCGUCAUUCCGGACGCAUCAUUCACGAAGUCCUUCACAAGCACGUCUGGGAAUACCUCAUUCGAUCAGAAUCGCUCGUUCUGGUCCAACCCAGGUGGCCAAGAAUCUUUCCGGACAGACGCUACCUCCUUUAGCGAUUACACACAACCACCUGCUCGUAUUCGUGAUCAGGACUCGCUUGGCGCGAGCUCCUUAUCAUCAGGCACGGCCGAGGAAUGGAUACGUUUUGCGAAUCACGUGGAGUCAUCACAGGAUUCUGCAACUACCGACAAAACAAUUCGGCCGCGGCAAGCGCACUCUGCAGGGGUGAACGUAUCAUCUGAGGAUCCGAGUAUCACAACUAACACCCGCGAGCCGUCAACGAGCCGGCGUCGAACGCCGCUCGAUGAUUAUGCUUACUUGGAACGCACCUCUGACUUCUAUGGCUCAAGCAUUGGUACUUCGACCUUGCUUGAGUGGGAAGAGCUUGAUCAAUCAGUCGGCCAGAUUGGAGACCAUGUUAUGAUUGAUAGUUUUCCAGAUGAGCAACUCAAGGCUGAGGAAGCCCGAUCCGCAGCAUAUGCUGCCUUGGAGAAUAAGUAUCCGCCAACGUCCAGCAAGGAAUCGUUACUAGACCUCUCUGACUUUCAAUCGUUCACCGGUUCCGAGUUCAGUGCACGCUGGGAAGCUGCACGGCUAUUGCAAACAGGUCACAUUACGCCCGAUGCUCUUGACGCCCAAUGGCAGCCUCAAGAUUUGGAAUCGCUGUAUAACCUGGUUACUGCUCAAAACAUGCCAUUUCAGAAGUCGCCAUUGCUCAAAGGAUUGAAGUCCUGGGAGACCUUGACCAGAACUGCUCGUUUGGAAUGGACCGGAGUCAAGAACAGUCAUUUAUGCAGACUUGGACUGCUGCCGACCCGCAAGGAUAUAUCAUGCAGUCUUCAGCGGCGGCUCGGUGCUGAUCGAGUUCUGUAUAUUGACAUGCCGGAUAUGUCGAAGCCGCCGAAGGUUCACAAGGAUCGCGCUAUUCAGAGCUGUCUUCGCAAGUGGCUAUCAACUCCACAGGAGCUACUUGGUCGUGUGUGGUAUCCCUUCUUCUUGCAACCGAACAAGAAGAAAUCAACAGGCGAGGGCGGACACUCUACAUCUGUAUAUCGUCUUGUACUGGUCUCUCCUAGUCAUGGCAUGUCGCUCUGCGACCUGAUGGAAUGGUGCCUUCCAUAUGAUCACAAUCAACAUCAGGCCGCGCGCAAGGCGUACAUGAGAAUUGAGCUGUUGCUCUCACGCACUAUUCCCGCGUUGGUACUGAGACCGGAUGAAAUCGCGCGCGUGAAUGACCAGCUCGCAACGCCAGAAGAAGAUGAUCACAGAUUCGAUGAUCCAGCAUUACGCUUCCAGUUUUAUGAGACAUACGAGCCUGAUAUGGUCAUGGGUGAUGGCUGUAGCUGGAUGUCUUACUGGAUUGCUUAUCAAUACGCGAAGAAACUAGCUCUGAAGAGAGUUCCAUCCACCCUGCAGAUUCGUGUUGCCGGCGCCAAAGGGCUAUGGUAUGUUGGCGAGCCGCCCCUGGGAAAUAUGGAUCAGAGACCUCAGGGACCCCUACUGAGCCUAGCCCCGAGUCAGGUGAAAGUACAUCGCGAUACCUUCCACGGUUGUGAAGAAGAAAUCCUCUCAGUCAACGUGGUCAAGGCCAACCCCGGCGCGCGGCCAUCCCUGCUGCACAUGGGCUUUCUGCCGAUACUUCUCGACAGAGGAGUGCCUCUAGAGAACAUGUGCGAACUGGUCCAUGGUGUCGUUACACGACAAACCGAGGAAUUUCUGGAGGCCCUUGAGGCAGGAUCGGUCGAACUGAGGCAGUGGAUUUCGCGACACAAUGAGUUUUUCGAAGCACGAAGGCGGGAAGCAGGCAUAGACCUCCUUGCUGGCUUUCCAAGAGCGCUCGAAGAACGAAUAAUCCGAAUGCUUGAGGCAGGGUUCGAGGCGAAGAACAACAAGUAUUUGGCCGCAUCGGUAAAACUCCUAGCAGCCAACUACUUCCAGUUGAAGAACAAGAGCUUCAAGAUUGAGCUGCCAAAAUCUACUACGCUUUGGGGUAUUGCAGAGCCCAGUAGUCAUCACAUGAAAGGCAUAGUAGAUCCUUCUGGGAGCCUAAAACCCGGGGAGGUCUGCGUAGUGUUUGAAGAAGCCUUUGAUGCAGGACUCGGCAACCGAGUCACUUUACUCAACGAUGUAAACCUGCUGGUAGCUCGCAACCCAGCACUUGGUCCGUCGGACAUCCAGAAGGUACGGGCAGUGUUCAAACCACAUCUAGCGAAGUAUGCCGGCACAAUCAUAUUCUCCGCCCGUGGUAAGCGACCCCUUGCCAACAAGCUCCAGGGUGGAGACUAUGAUGGCGACUCGUUCUGGUUCACAUGGGAGCCGCUCUUGACUGAGCCGUUCAAGAAUGCUCCAUCGCCAUGGAAACCCCCCGAACCGGAGGCAUUGUGCAUCACGAGGGACAGGAGUAAGCUCUCUGAUCACGUCAGCGAUCCUACAUCAGAGCAGCAAUGGCGUAAAUACCUCGCCACGAUGGCAGAAAAGCGCAUUGAGCCAAGUAUGUUGGGCAUCGUGACUCUGUUUCACGAGCGCCUCGUAUAUGCUGGCCGUCCCAUUGGAUCGUCAGAGGUCAUGGACUUUGUUCAUCUGCACGACUACCUUGUUGAUGCAGACAAGCAGGGUUUCGACUUCAGCCAAGCUGAUUUCGAAGCAUUCAAAAAGAGUAGAAAGCUGCCUCCAAAUCUGCCCGAGCCGAAGUACUGGCAAUUCACCAAGGCAGAUGACAAGAUGCAGCAACAGGACGAGAGCAGAGGGCGAGUGAUAAACCCGGAUCCUGGGACAGUCAACAUCAUUGACACGAUCUUCUUCGACGUGCUGCAGCCUGUCAUUGAAUCCACCCUCAAACGCGCAGCGAUCAUUCUCGAUUCCGCAGCGUCGUACGACCAUGACCUAGCCAGCUUCUGGAAUGAGACCUUCGAGUCCAUGUCACGUAGCUCAGUGCCCGCUGCUGAGUUGCUGAAACUCAAGGACGGGCUUCGUGAAGUUCAAAAGGAAUGGGCCACAAACAGCCGCAAAUAUCCGACCUGGCCAGAAUGCAUACAGGCGCUUCGUAGCAUGUACGACGCUAUUCAACCCAUGAAUCCGACAGAUCCGAUAGUAAAAGAGUGGAUGCGGAAGGUUGGUAAGGGUUAUUCGCGCUGGGACGAGCUGAAGGCAUCGUGCUUAGCUAAACACCACUUCGCAUCGGGAUCGCAUCCUGGCUCGUUUGUCAUGAACGUUGCUGGUGCUGAAAUGUGCCAUCUGAAGUUGGCACGAACAGUCGGACAAACAUCUCGAAGUAUGACAGAGGAGCAAUAUCGGUUGUUGAAACUACGACGGGUUCGCGCUGUCGACUCUGGCGACAGCUUCAACGAUGGCGAAGACGCAGCGGCAGCAGAGGACACCGGAUACUACUAAAAACCUUUUCUGCGCGGAAGCUCCGAUCAAAGGAAGGUGAGGAAGCGCCAGCACCAGUUCUUGAGCGAGCGCGUACUGGUCUUGAUAUGCGGGCUUUGUUUUACGGCUUCUAUCGAUCAGGUGUGUGCCAUACCUUGUCAUGUUGACGAAGCUGCAGCGUCAGCACAGUUGGUCGACAGCAGCUCAGCUCAUGUUGAAUGAGCAAUUUUGUUUCGUACUUGGGCAGGCAAUAGUGAUACCCUUUUGUUUUUCACUCCAAUAUGGGAGAGCUGAGAAGUAGAUAAGAGAGCUGGAAGAUCGCAGGCGUAGGCUACAAUAAUGAGGAAUUUCCAAGCCUUCAAAGUCCGUACAGCAGCGACAGUUACAUUCCUUCGAGCCUUGAGUGAUGAGCUUCACUCAGCUUGAUUUUCUGAUUUGACUUGUACAAUUAUGAGCAGCACAGUAGUAGAGCAUAACGUACUGCCUAAAUACACAGGCUUCGUGACCAUUUUACGAGAACUGUUGAUCCGCAGCUUUCUCUGUUGAAGUGAUAGAAUUGUGAGCCGCCGUAGAUAGCGGGACCAGGUC